GGCAUAGAAUUAGUGAUUGCUUAUGUGUUAAUUAUCUAGAAAAUUGAUCAAAUGUGAUGUAAAAUUUAAGAGAAAUUUUGCCGAGAAAUAAAUACUUCGAGAUAUAAACGUUUAUUUCCUAAUAUGCACACCGAUCUAUCUUAUCAUUUGCACACUGCAGAAUGUAAUGAGUUGAUUAAAUUGCUUCAGCAAUGUCGCAAAGAUAAUCCUUUUAGAAGGUUUAUGGGCUACUGUAACACUGAAGAUCAUAGAGUAGUAAUAUGCUUGAAGCGAGAAAGAUUAGCGCGAAGGAAGAAAAACUAUGAAGAAUCUAUAAAACGAAAGGAAAGGCAAAAUGAAAGUUUUAGGUGUGAAGAGCAGGAGACAGCGUAGGCUAGCUAGAAUUUU